AUGUCUAUGUUGCCGCCCUCGCCACCCGCGGAGGAGAAGAAGCCUUCACUACCACCAAUCUCGAGUCUAUUCGAAUUUGCUGGAAAUGAGAAAGGUGCUUCUGAAACAGCUUCCCAAAGUCCUCAGUCACAACAGCGCCAAUCGUCAUCGCCGCAAAUCAGGCAAGCACAACAGAGCGGGGCAGGAGCGAUGCAGCAACCAUCACAACCACAGACCAGUUGGCCAGACCAGUACACCACCUACGCCCAAUUGCCUGCGCCGAAUAACCUCAGGAUGACACUGCCUCCUACGCCACCAAUACGCCCAGACAUUGCGCAUGACGGUAACCAGUCGCUAUCAGCUGCACCAAACCGCUCCGCCGUAUCCGCACGUUACUUUGGCGGUGGGUCGCGCAGUAAUGUAGAGCCCCGCCAGAAAAGACAGUCUAUCUCGUCAGUGCCUCUAAUAAAGCAGGACUCAUUACCAUCGCACUCCAUGUUACCUUACAGUGCCUUCAUCUAUGGCCAGUCCUCGUACCAGUCGUCACCGGGCGCUGCCUCUUCGACAUCAUUCUACUCGCCGGGGCAGCAUUCGUACAACAGUGCCGCCAUGUAUGCGCAGCGUCCGCUUCUCUCAAACUUCCAGCCCCAUACGAUGCCUCUGCCUGCACCUGUACCCAGCCCGGCCGCCAACGGCUCGAACUCGUGGCAACACCACCACUACAUACGCAUUUCUAGCCAGUUCCAGUUUCCGCAGUCUCAGGACCGCUACAUCUGCUCGACUUGCAACAAGGCUUUCUCACGGCCGAGCAUCCUACGCAUUCACAGCCAUAGUCACAGUGGUGAAAAACCUUACAAAUGCCCGCAGCCGGGUUGUGGCAAAGCCUUCAGUGUCCGCAGCAACACGAAGCGACAUGAGCGCAGUUGUCGCGCAGCUUCGAGCAGUUGA